AUGGCUCGGGCGGCGCUCUCCGUGGAAGCUGAAGCCACGACCUCGAGGGAGGCGGCGGCGGUGUAUGGCGCCUUCAUCAUCUUCGGCCUGGGCAGCUGGUCCUCCAUCAAUGCCAUCUUUGUACAGAGCUCCUUCCUGGUGGCGGAGCUGCCGGAGAAAUGGGCGCUGAGUACCUGGAUCGCGGUGGCUCUGCAAGUGGCCAACUUGGCGGUGCUGCUGUUUCUGCGCCCGCUGCUGGCGAAGUUUGUGUCCUUCGCGGUUCCCAGCGCUGCGCUGCUGCUCACCGCCACAGGCGCGAGUCUGGGCUUGGCCUUGGGCGGCUUCCGCGCCACCGCCUGGAUCUUCGGUGCCCAGCGGUCUGUGGGGCUGCUAUUGCUGACCUUCUUCGCAGGCAUCGCCAGCUGCGGGAGCUCUUUGACCUUCUACCCUCUGGCGGCCGCCUACCCCAGGCGAUACACCACGGCGCUAGCGAUCGGGGAGGGCCUCAGCGGGUCCUGUGCUGGGGUGCUGGGCAUGCUCCAGAGCUUCAACGUGUUGCCUAAAAGCUUCGCCGCCGCUUUCGCCUUCUCACUGGCCCUUUGCCUCUGCGCCCUGCUGGCGCUGCUGUUCAUCGACCGCCACCACGCCGCCGCCAAGCUGCGCUCCGACGGCGCCAGGUCCGAUGGCGCCCUGAUGGAGACGCCGGCCGAUGUGCCUAGCGACCUGAUGGGCCAGCUGCUGCAUUUCCGCGCCGGCAUGCUGGCGCUCUUCUGGGGAUCUGCGCUGAACUUCGGGCUGCUGCCCUCGCUGAAUCCCAUCGCCUGCUCCGGCUUCAGCAACGCCCAAGAGGUGCUGCUUUGGAGCAACGCGGUGAUCUACGGCUUCGACCCCAUCAGCCGCCUGCUCACGGCCUUCACCAACUUCAGGCAUUUUUGGAGCCUCACGGCGCUCUUCACCUUUGCCGCGCUGCUGGUGGUGGCGGUUGCCAAGACGAAAUCCCUCCUCGGCGAAUGGGUGGUGCCCGCGGCCAACGUGGCCUUCGCGGCCGGCUUCGGCUACGCGCGGACCAUGGCCUUCCUGGUGCUCAAGGACCUCGACAGCCUGGCGCCCCGCCUCUACGCGGCCGCCGGCGCCGCCGUGCAAGCAGGCAGCUUCUUCGGCACGGUGGUUGCGUUGCUGCUCGUAGAGGUGCUGAAGGUCUUUUGA